AUGGCUGUUGAUAUCAUAAAACCGUUGGAUCCUGAGUUUAAGGGAGUCCCAGAAGAGAUAUUGAGAGAUUCAAGAUAUAUGCCCCAUUUUAAGGAUUGCAUUGGUGCUAUAGAUGACGUACAUGUUAAAGCCUCAAUGCCUCCUGAAGAUCAAGUACCAUAUAUUGGCAGGAAAGGAAUACCGACUCAAAACAUAAUGGCUGCAUGUAAUUUUGACAUGCAAUUCAUAUUUGCAUGUGCAGGUUGGGAAGGCACUGCACAGGAUACAAGAGUAUUUUUAUCAGCAUUACGAAAUAAUGCUUUAAAUUUUCCCAAACCUCCAAAUGGAAAAUAUUAUCUUGUGGAUGCGGGUGGGUAUUUGGGGCCAUAUAAAGGUGAAAGGUAUCAUCUUCCAGAUUUCCAUAGGGGUACUUAA